CCCCGGCUAGCUAUCUCUAUUCAAUCCUUCUUGACGCUUCCUCCCACCUCAAUUCAAGCUCUCCAUAUAUCACAAUGUCUUUUUUCCGAUCAUCUACCGCGCUCCGCACUGCUAUCGUGCGCCCCGCCUUCCGUCCAGCCACCCGGUCUGCCCUCUCCGUCACGUCGCAGCGCUUCUUCGCUACUCAGGACUACGGCAGCGGUGAAGGCAACCCAGCUGGCGAGAAGCCACAAGAGCAGGGACCUUCCAAGUCGUCAGACCUCGAGCACCCUGGUCCCCCUCCUCCCGAUGUUGGCAAAGGUAGCGGCACUACGCCAACAAAGGCUGGAAACAAAGGACACAAUGCCGGCGAGAGCUCGCAAGGCUCCUCCAAAUCAUCUAGCUCUUCCUCCAAGGGAUCAUCGGGAAGCAGCAGCGACUCUUCAGUAAAAGGUGCGCGGCCUAAGAUCCUUAACGACAACCCGCCUGCAGAACCGAGCGAGGAAGUCAAGCAACACAACCGUGAGAUGGAGAACCGUGCUGAAAGAGCCGAGGUAAAGAUUGAUAAUGCGGACACGAAGAAGGACAAGGUAUCGCCUAAGUUCUGGUCCGGCCAAGGUGGAGCCGACAGGGACCCGUAAAUGUCAGUGGCGUGGUGGCGCAAUUCGCUCUGACGAUGACUUUCACAAGCUGCCAUGUGGCUAUGACGACGAAUCAAUGUAUGACGAAUGGCGGGCUCCAGUCUGGACCGGCCCAUGUAAUUGUACCACAUUACUCUAGCUAGCGAUAUCCUCCGCUGCUUGAGACAACAUGAUUGAAGAAGACCAUUAUCGCAUUUCAAUGCGAAGACCGUGAACUGUGGGGAGAGCUAUUGCACUGAAGGAAAAGGGAGAUUUAGUUAGUGUGAUGGGCGGGGAUGGAGAUCAAUCAUUCAUCCAAUGACGUCGGUGGCCGAUCUCUAGUGGUACGAGUAGGUAGCGGACAAACAGGGAAUCAAAC